AUGGAAGAAGCAAACCCCGAGUUAGAAGCGUUUCGGCGGAAAUGGCGAGAAGAAGUUUCCGCCAAAGUCCAAGACCCCUCCAAACCAACAGGUCCCUAUAAAGAACCCCGCAGACCUCGACUUACUACACAAACAUCUGCACGAAGAUCCUCGAAAACCUCAGAAGAACACGAUCAAGUUGAAUCUCCUACGUUCUCUGGACUUGAUGCCCCACGCACGUUUGAUGGCGAAGCCGGCGAGAGCUCCAAGUCUGCGAGUAAUGAACCACAAUCUGCUCUGGAACACUAUGAGAAGGCGGUAGAGAGGGAGAACCAGGGCAGUCUAGGGGACAGUUUAAAUCUCUACCGGAAAGCCUUUCGUAUGGACCACCGGGUUGACCAAAAGUACAAAAACAAGCAUUUCCCUCCAUCUUCUUUCGUACCGAAACCUACCAAUCCAAACCCAUCGAAUGCCUCAGUCACAGUACCCAGUACCGCCCACCACUCCCUAGACGGGCCUCCACAAUCACUCAAAGAACUUAUUGCAAGCUUUUCCGGCCUCACCAUAGAGUCUGCACCUCCAGCUGUAGAAGGAACCCCAACUCUCCCAUGUCCUUUAGCAGAGCUGCCAGAUGAAUUAGCAAUCCACAUCUUCAAAGAGGUAGCUAUCCGAGAUGUAGGAUCUUUCGUCAGACUGGCCCAAGUCUGCAAACGAAUAGCCUACUUAGUCCUUACUGAGGAGCAAAUUUGGAAGCGGAUAUGCGUGGGAUCCGAAGUCGGAUUCGGCGUUAUGCACUAUUCGUGGCAGCGAGAAGUCCUCGGAGGUCCACUACAAGAAGACCAUAUCCUAGAUCCGGGCGAUUCCGAAGACGAGGAAGCCCCCAUGCCGCUAAGCAAGGAGGCCAUUACUGAUGUCUUGCUCCCCGCGUAUUCGUCUUCAUGGCAGCAGAUGUUUCGUUUCCGUCCGAGGAUCCGCUUCAACGGUUGCUAUAUCAGUACGGUCAAUUAUAUCAGACCGGGUCAGGGUACUAUAUCGCAUGUUACGUGGCACAACCCGGUGCAUAUCGUCACUUAUUACCGAUAUCUGCGCUUCUUCCGAGACGGAACGGUUAUCAGUCUCUUGACGACAGAAGAGCCGGCCGAUGUAGUGCACCAUCUCACGAAAGAGCUGCAAGAUACACACCGAGGUGGAGGCUCUGCCUACCUCCCUUCGAUAGUCAUGCAGAACGCUUUGCGUGGACGAUGGAGACUAUCAACAGUCGCCGAUAACCCAGACGCGGAUCUUAAAGACGCAGAAGGUAUUUUAUUUGUCGAGACUGAGGGCGUGAAUCAGAAGUAUACCUAUCGAAUGAAACUCUCUCUGGGCAGUUCCGGGAAGGGCGCAAGGAACAACAAAUUGGUGUGGCAAGGCUUCUGGAGUUAUAACCUUCUAACCGAUGAUACGGGGGAGUUUACGCUGCGGAAUGAUAAGGCAUUCUUUUUUAGUCGCGUUAAGAGUUACGGUAGUGGAGCUUGA